CAGAGAUGAAAUACAUCAUAGGCAUCGGAGGUGUCACCAAUGGUGGUAAAACCACCUUGACCAACAGACUCAUCAAGGCACUGCCUAACUGCUGUGUGGUCCACCAGGAUGACUUCUUCAAGCCACAAGAUCAAAUAGAAGUCGGGGAAGACGGCUUUAAGCAAUGGGAUGUGUUGGACUCCUUGGAUAUGGAGGCAAUGGUGAGCACUGUGCGUGCCUGGAUUGAGAACCCAGUGAAGUUUGCUCGUUGCCAUGGGGUGAAUGUCACACCUGGCUCUAAAGAGCCAACCUCCAAAGAUAUCCAUGUCUUGGUCAUUGAAGGCUUCCUGCUUUAUAAUUACAAGCCCCUGAUAGACCUCUUUGACAUCCGCUACUACCUGGCAGUUCCCUAUGAUGAGUGCAAAAGGAGGAGGAGUACCAGAAACUACACUGUCCCUGACCCACCAGGGCUCUUCGAUGGCCACGUCUGGCCAAUGUACCUGAAACACAGGAAGGAAAUGGAGGACAGUGGGGUGGAUGUUGUUUAUUUAGAUGGACUCAAGUCCAGGGAUGAACUUUACAAUCAAGUCUUUGAAGAUAUCCACAACAAGCUCUUAAAUUGCUCCUAGGGCCUGGAAGACCUGAGAGAGCUGUGUACAGAAUGAUGUAAAUAGUACUUGGAAGUCAGAGGGAGGCUUUGUGUCCCCUCUUCUUGUACUGUCCUUUGGCAAGAGGGAUUUUUUUUUUUUGUAUAUAAUUGAAAAAAAAAAUUAUGAAGAUAACUUAUUGACAGCUGUGGUGGACAGGGACUGCUUUGUUUUUUAUUUUUUCUAUUCCACUGCCUUAAAGAGAAGCUGAAAAUGCCUUUUUUUUAAUGGAAUAAGUAGAGUUGCUAUGGGCAAACUGAUUCCUGCUUCUGCAGAUGUGAAGGCUUCAUGUAAUGGCUUGUUUGUAACAGCUGCUUCAACUCAGUA